CCCCAGGAAACACAGAGACGUUCCUGCUCCCUCCUUUCACUUUCACUGCCCUGCAGAACACUCUCCACCCGCCUUCGCUGGCCUGAGGUAGGGGGUGUGCAUGGGUGUAUGUGGGUGAGAUAAACCAGUGGUUCUCAGCCAGGGGUACGUGUGUCCCGGGGGUAUGCAGGGGUCUUCCAGCCGGAACAUCGACUCAUCUAGAGAUUUGCCUAGUUUUACAACAAGCCACGUAAACAGCAUGAGCGAAGUCAGCACAAACUAAACUUCCAUACAGACCCUGACGGGUUUAUACUGCUCUAUAGAUGAUAAACUGAAACUGUGCCUGGGCCGCGCGGCCCCAUGGCCCCGUACCGCAUCCGGCAGUACGAGGACGGUGACUACGAGGCGGUGCGCACUCUGUUCAGCCAUGGGAUUAGGGAGCACGCUCCUGCUGGCUACAUCCACGUGCUGAAGUGUCUCCAGACCCAGCUGCUCUUUCUGGGCCUGUUCCUGGCCGUGCUCGCAGGCUCCGGGUCCCUCCUGGUCUCCCUCCUGGCUCUCCUGCUCACUCUCAUCGGGGGCUGGUUUUACAUCCGGUCUCUCUGGACCGAGUACGUCCAGCAGUCCCUUCGCAAUGACCUAUUGAACAUCCGGAGAACCUACCUGGAGGCAGCAGACACUUGUCUCUGGGUGGCAGAGGCUGAGGGGGUGGUGGUGGGCAUGGUGGGGGCCGUCCUGCCAGAGGACCCCUCGGAAAGGGGGCAGGCCCUGGAACUGAAGCGCAUGUCCGUGGGGAGGGAGCACCGGGGCCGGGGCAUUGGCAGGGCGCUCGGCAGGACGGUCAUCCGCUUCGCCCAGGAACGCGGGUACAGUGCGGUCGUGCUCUCCACCUCCAUGGUUCAGUACUCGGCCCAGCAGCUGUACGAGAGCUUGGGCUUCCAGAGGGUCUCGGAGAGGUUCCCAUCCCGCCUCGCCAGCUUCCUGCAGUUCUCCGUGUUCUGUUACCGAUAUGAGAUUCCAGGAUCUCGCUGAAGGCUCAGGGGUGGCGAUUCUUCACCUGCCCACUCAGCCGCUGGGAGCUUUGCCUGGCUUGUUAACUCCCAGCAAGUUGCUACUUUUUGGUUAAAAAAUAAACUGCGCUUGGAGGAAAAGUCUCGCUCGCAUGACACUGUUCUGAUGCUGGCUUGGGAUUAUUGUUCCCCCAGGGCCAGGGGCUCCCCUUCCCCACAGCCACCUGGGUCCCCUGGAUCUGACCUUCACCCCUGGAGCUGAGCCGGCCAGGAUCAGACUCACCCUUGUUUGCUCAGUGGUUCCUAGAUGAUCCCUGACCCCUAAAGAACCAGGCGACCCUGGCAAGGAAACCUCCAUGAAGGUUCAUUUGAAUUUUCACCCACUCUCCUUUGACAGGUUCGUGUCUCAUUCCUGUCAUCCACAGAAAUGUCCAGUCCUUGGAUCUUGCCAAUUUCUUCACCCCCCGCACAACAUCCAGUAGCAGUGAGUUCCACAGGCUAGCUCUAUGUUGUGUGGAAUCUCCCAGCGUUCACUGUUGCUGGCUGUCCCCUUGUCGGUGUAUCCUGGGACAAGGAGAACAGAAGCGCUGGACCAUGGUUCUGUAGCCCAUUCGUUCCUUUAUUCACGUGGAGCUCGUCACCUUAGAAAGGAGAUGGAGAAGAGUGAACAAGCCCAGGCUUGCUGAGCUCUUCAUAAGAGAGGUUUUUCCAGGCCCUUGUUCAUCCCCGUUGCCCUCCUCUGAACCCGCUAGUUCUGCAAUGUCCUUUCAGAGCCAGACCGUAUCCGGAUCGACCUUCUCUUUGCUGGCCCGUGUGGGUCGGGCACGUGGCAGCCCUGGGUGCACAUGCUCACUUGCUCUCGCUCCUCGCAGUACUCGGCACCUCCCCGACAGCCCCG